AUGGCGAGCCAAGCGCGCUCCAGCCUACUAGAUGGCGCUGCAGGGUUGCCACCAUCUCUGCCACAGCGGCAGACGACAGAGAUGGAAACGGGGAACCACAUCGUACAUAUUCUUCGUGCUCUCCAGCAGCUACAGCCACGCGUGCCGGGGCCAUCGUCAACCUCAUCGUACCUCUCCAACGAGUCAAAGCUCGAGGAUGGUGCCGCUGCGUGGAUGUGCAGUCACCUGGAUCAGCUGUGGGAGUCGAUUGCGUCAUCGACAACGACAGCGCCAUCCGCAGACGUCAACACUACUGCUGCGACUCCCACUCAUCCUCGCACACGACUUAUUCUUCAGCUUCUCACCUUGGAAGUUAUUCGACAAGAGCGGCGGCGAGGCGCUUCUUCGCUGGCCCCGCCGCUGCAUUCCUCUGUAUUGUCUGCCACACCUUUUCUGGGAGCGCCUAGCGUAGCGCCGUCGCCUGUUUUUGCUGUUUCUGCACCGGCCGCUUGCAGCUCUCUACGCUGUAUAGCCUCUUGCUAUCACCACACUCGCUUUGAGAAGGGCGGUUUACCUCUUGUCCAUCACUGGCUCUGGCAGCGUGCGGCGGCGCUUCCGUCCGGACUGGUCGUGGCCAAGUCUCCUUAUGGUGAUCUCAGUGCUCUCAUGAUAGAGUGGGCAACACUGGCGCUGCCAGCAUGGCGGGAUAGUUCGGAGGAAAUGCAGUGGCGACGAGAGUGUGAGGAGGCGCUGCGCCUUGCGCAUGUGAGCGCCGCUGCGGCAACAGCGCGCAGUUUGAUUAACCCGGCCGAGGGAGCACGAGAAGCAAAAGAAACUUCUACCGCGGUGCCUGACCUGGCGCAGCAGUCAAUUGCUGGUGCAGUUCACACUGUCGUCGCGAACAACGUUAGUAGCCUCAACAGCAACCAAGAGGCGCCCAUACCACAGGUUAAGGACGUUAACGAUAAAGCUGUGACGGCACCAUCAUUGGCUACCGUGCCCGGACCGCUGUUGACGUCGGCUGCUGAUGGAACAGCUCCUUCCCGCUCUCGACGUGUACUGCGGCUUGUCGUUGGGGCGACAACAACAAACCCCGCUGACGUGCAGCAGGUCGGUCUCACCAUCGCCAAUACUGCUGCUGUUGCCCCUUUGCCCAGUCCAUCUCUGGAGAGCGAAGAAACGCAGGUGAAGAAAACUCUAGGGGGGCUGACGAGUGCACCCGGCAAUCUUGGAGCCCUUCUGAUGAAGUUGCCGCCACAGCCCCAGGCUGUUGACACGCCGGCGAUGAGCUCAGCGAACGCAACUGAUGGUGACAAUAGUGAUAUGGGAGUCAAUAAGAGACUAGCCUUACAGCUUUCCCGCAGCAGCAGCAGCGGCAGUGCUAUCCCUCCAGGAGCAGCUACCGAUGCCACACCAAUCAUCGCGGGUCCUUCGUGUAGCACCGCCGUCAGCAAUGUGGAGGUGGGAGUGGCUAGGAGGCCGCUAAUGCCACUCAGCGACGAGGACGUCAUGAGUGAAGAUGACGAAGCGCAGGGGCUGAUGAUCGGGGCAAAAGGCUGCGCUCUGGAUGUCAGCGUGCCUGUCUCACCAGCCUUGGAGGCAGGCGAGAACACUGGGGUAUGCAUGCAGUCGCGCUUGCGUCGCUGGCGCCGUCUCGCCCCUGUUGUUUUAGAUGCCCCACCAGGCAGCGAGGCAGCACAGAACGCGCUAGCUGUGCUGCAGGCACUGGGCUUCGCGACGACUGGCGAGAGCGAGCGAGUCGACAAGAGCCUCAUUGAAUUGACACCAUCGUGUUGCUCAGCGCAGUCGUCUGGAAGGUCUUUGAAGGGGCCGAAGGUGUCUCCAUUAUGUUGUUCCAGCCAGAGUGCAGCACACGCGCCGACACCGCGGUCUCCUCUAGGGCGUCUGCCUCCUCUUCUCGCAGCGCAUGCGUGGCUCGUGGACACAUCGCUUAGAUCAUCAUGGCUCGCCCACAUUAUUGCAGUGCCAUCUCUGGAAUCCUCGCUCGCUGUCGGCGACGGUGGCAGUGAGCUUUGCCCCAAGGAUGAGCAGACGGCAUUGGUGUCUUCGAGAGACCCUCAGACCACUCCGCUACCAGUGUCCUCGUUGCCGCCUUCAUUCUCGGUGCACUGCCGGCCCGACCCGCUUCCUCGUCUGCAGCUGCCCGAAGCCUCUCCUGCACUAUCGUGCAUCGCCUUGGCGGAUCAUCGGGUCUUCACAAUGCUCGAUGAGCUGCUGUGGUGUCCGCACACAUCUGCAAGGGCUUUUCUUCUCCACUUUGAGGAGAACUUGCACGAGUACUUGUGCUAUCCGUUGGCUGGUGUGUGCACAGGUGUCACUGCAGCAGCGGCGCCGACUGGUUCGGCGGUCUGUCAGUCACAUCAACAACUCGGACAAGGGGAGCUUGUUGCCGGUAGUCAUGACACCUUUGCACCACGCCUUCUCACCCUGUCCGCCUGGAAGGCAUAUCUCGAGCUACGCUAUGGAAAGGCACACCUGCGGCAUCCGAAACGUCUACAUCAUUCGCUGUCGACGGCCGUAACUACCACCAAAGCAGCGGCUCCCAUCACCAGCGACGACCAGCACGCCAAGCCCAGCUUUGCUGCUGCUGCUGCUGCUGCUGCCACCCGUGCAACAGCAGGCGGUUCGCAUAGCACCGAUAAGUGCGAGGCAAGAGAGCUCAUCGCCGAGGAUGAGGCGGCCCCACAACCCAAGGUGGCGUCUGUCCCCGCGUCUGCUGCUGCUGUGGUGGCGCGCACGCCGCUCUCGCCUUUUGUUAUAGAAGCCUCUGCUGCGUCAUCCUCGGCGACAGCGAGUACCGCCACCUACGCUGCACUCAUGGACGUAGCAGCAAUGGUGUUUCUAGCGGAGCUGCGCCGUGUAGGUGCCAUUGCCAUGGUGGAGAAGGCAAGGAGCACCGUGCAGUCCCUGCAGGCGCGCCACGCGCGUUGCAGUGCUGGGCAGCUGCACAAGUCAGCACAACAACGCCGUGGAGACAGCGGUGACCGUGCGGAGUCAGUUAUGGGCGUGAAAUCGGCCUCCCUCACGGAGGGCAUGCGCCAGUGUCCGUCUGCCACUGCCGGCGCAGCCGACGCUUCUUGCUUCAAGGCGGUGCAAGAUGGAUGCGGCGUCUCGGUAUCCUCGCUGCAGGCCCUUCUGGAAGACAUCGUUGAGUCGGACACGACACUGCUCAGCUACGUUUGCAGGUGGCUUGCCCCGGUGACACUACCGUCUGUCGUCGUCACGACGAACAAUACGCAGGAUUCACAAAGGGAUGUAGCUCAUGAUAAGUACUCGUUGGUGACGGCGGCUGCACGUCUGUGGUUGGCACUCGUGACAGUGCUCAGUCUGGGUGAGAGUGCAACGGCCCAGUACGUACGCAGCGUCUUGAUGUCUCCGCCUUGUUUGCCAGCCAUACCUUUCUCUCCUUUUCUCACUUUGGCAAACACCGGGGGAACAGCGGCAGAGACUGUUGGCGUGUCUUCACCGGCGAUGAGGACGUCAUUGGCGCCGUUUACCAUGCCAACGCUGUUUCGGAGCACACUGGAGGAUCUAUAUCAGGAGGAAUGCGCCGCAGCCGCUGCUGCUGCUGCCGUGGCUGACAGCGAACACAGCCCACCAUGCCGACAGUCUUCACCACCACUGUGUGGGCCGGGAUCGCUGACGGGUGAACGGGACCCAGCGAGGAGGGCGUCGGCCACCUGCCGAGCCGCACCCGCUUUCGUAGCAACAGCGACCCUGCAAGGGCGUGGGCACGUGACCCCAGCCACCCAGGACACACUUGCGCUGAGCGCGGCAGUGGCGCUGCGGCACCCUCGCGUGAUACUCCGGCAACUUCACUUUCUAUGGCAGCUGAGCUACGGUAAGAGCUACGAUGCGAACAUGACUAAGACCGACAGCAGCUCGCACCGCACGGCGGCGCUCAACUCCACGAUACCUGCCCCGCCAGACACCGAGGGGACAGCUGCAAGCUCUCGGAGAGCCGCUGGUGCAGCGGGCUACCGCGGUAUUGCGAAGGACGUUGGGGACAAGACAGUACCAUCUUUCAAGGAGGAAUUCGCCGCUCGAGUCGCCAGUCUUGUGGAGUGUGUGGAGUUGGCCUCGCUUGCUGGUCUGCCGCCACCACUCGCCGCAUCACUGAUGCCGUCCAGACCAUCUUCUAGCGCGGCUCCUGCAGAGGCCUCCAGUGGUGCGCUGAGUGAAGAUGCUUCCGUCUCAUCAAUGCGGCAAUGUCCGACAACGUCAAGCACUUCUGCGGCUUCUGCGCCAGCUGUGGUCGCGCUCCUACAGCAGCCAUGCAGCGCCGUAGAUUUUCCACCUCUGUCUUCCCCAGCCGCAGGCCCUGCCAGCACUGUCACCGCCCCUGCGGCCUCGAUUCGCCUGCGCCUGCAGCUCUCAUCCAAGCCUUCGUCCUCCAGCUCCGUCACAGCUGCGGUGGGCGCAUUCAAGUCUCAAGCCACUGAUGGCGUGAAGCGGUCGCGUGAGCUGCACGGGAUGGGCGACACUGACCUGAGCGUCACGGAACUUGCUGUGCUGUCGAGCUCGGCCGGUGUCGUGGCGGGGAGUUCGCAGCCGUCUAAGCUGCAUCGCGUAGACAGCGUGGCGACGCGUUCUCUACCACUCAGAUCACAUAGCGGGAGACGAGCACCGCCGCUGCCACCACCACCACUGGAGAGCUUGGGGGAGCUGCAUGUGCGCUGGGCAGAGGAGGUCCAGGGACGCAGCAGUGCUAUGAGGUUUUCGCUCGAACCUUCCACUACGACUUUUUCUGGGGAGACGGGUGGUGGUAAGUCCAGGAUGACGAGGUCAGUGCUUCUGCUCAGUGUGGUGGUCGAUGCCCUCUGGGAUGUACUCCAGCACGUACACGCACGGAUGCCUGGAGUAGCGCUAGGCCCUGCUGAUGUGUCUGGUGGUGAUGGUCCAGUUCCAGCAAGCGAUCCUUCAGCAGUGACAUCUGCUUCCUCCUCAGUCCUCGUAAGAGACGCCAAGGAGACGGCAGGAGGGGCAUCUGUGCGUCGUACACUGCUGCUGCUGCCCGUGAGCUCUGCCUAUCGUGCCCUGCAGCGCCUGUGGCAGGCUAUCAACCUCCCAACCAUCUCCGAGUGUGACGUGACUGUCCCCUCGGAAACUGGCACACUCUUUCCUACUGGUGGUGCAGCAGUGAACCACCCACGGCUGGACGUCGUUCUCCCCGCUACCACCUCUUCUGGGCUGACACCGGCGGUCGACCUACGCGUGUACACCUCCCUGACGGCGUCGCUGCGGGGCGUUGUGUGCCUGGUCCUCGGAUAUGCGGUGCACGAGUGCUUGCAAGCCAUCUGGCGUAUGUGGUGCGCGACUUGCACCACGCACGAGAGCGUAGCAGCGACGGCGAGCUGCGCUAUGGUGUCGUCUGAUUCAGCACCGCCGUCACCGUGCGCGCCUUUUCCACCUUUGUAUGGGUCGUACGCAUGGCUAGCUGGGCAGCUCAGCGCACUGUAUGAGCACGUCCUUCAACCUCUUAAUCGAAUUCUAAAGGUGCCCGUGCUGGUAGUGAAUGGCAUGGAGCCUAUCGGCGACUACGGCGCGUCCGAUGUCGUGGGAGGCGACAGGCACGUUUUGGCAGCUCCAGUCGCCUUACCGCUGAGACAACCUAGCGCUGCGCAUGCGGAGACGCUCACGACGGCAGCGUGGCUGACCUACAGUCCACUGGGGCUCGUACUGUUGCCGGCUGUUAUCCGCCAGCUCGACGCUGCUAUGCCUCCACUCCCGCGCGGCGAGUGCGCAGUGACGAGUGGAGGGCUUCACACCCUAAAUGCACGUGAGGCGUGGGCUCGAGUGAAAGCAGCGCUUCAGCAAGCCGGUGUGCAGGCAUGA